AUGGCCUCCGUCUUGGAGCUUGCCUGCAUCUACUCGGCCCUCAUCCUGCACAACAAAGAGGUGAUGGUCAUGGAGGGCAAGAUCAAUGCCCUCAUUAAAGCAGCCGGUGUAAACACUGGGCCUUCCUGGCCAGGCCUGUUUGCGGAGGCUUUGGCUAGUGUCAACACUGGAGACCUCACUCGCAAGGCGGAGGCUAGUGGGCCUGAACCAGCAGCUGGUGCUCCACCAGAGGGAGGUCCUGCCCCCUCCACCCCUGCUGCCCCGGGUGAGAACAAGCAAGCAGAAGCCCAGAAAAGAAUCUGA